CUCCAAAACACGAACCCCGAUCCCCAACUUCGAAUCUAUGAAAAGGAGCAAAGAAAAAUUUGUCCUGAAGACUCGAAAGAGUGUGGAAGAGGAUGAGGUGCCAAAGAGAAACGAUAAAUGCAAGAGAGACCGAGAGAGCGAGAAGGGGACGCCCAGCACCAUGAAGGAGAGCAAGUUGGUGAUCCUGGGCGCGGGCGGCGUCGGCAAAACGUCCCUGGUGUUGCAGUUCCUCCAGGGGUUCUUCUCCACCACCUACAAGCCCACGGUGGAGGACUGCUACAGCCACACCCUGCAGCUGCCCAACGGACUCUUCCACGCCCUGGAGAUCCUGGACACGGCCGGCUCGCACCACUUCCCGGCCAUGAGGGAGCUCUCGAUCCGGUCCGGCCGCGCCUUCGUCAUCGUGUUCGCCGUCAACAACGAACAGAGCUUCUACGAGGCCCAGUCGCUCUGGAACCUCAUCACCAAGAUCAAAGGACUUGGCGACCCCAGGAAAACGUUUGGUGACCCCAGGAGAAACGUUUGGCGACCCCACGGAAAACGUUUGGUGACCCCACGGAAAACGUUUGGCGACCCCAGGAAAAACGUUUGGCGACCCCACGGAAAACGUUUGGCACCGCCAGGAGAAACGCUUCACGACCCCAAGAAAAACGUUUGGCGAUCUCAGGAAAAACGUUUGGUGACCCCAGGAGAAACGUUUCACGACCCCAGGAGAAACGCGACCCCAGGAAAAACGUUAGUCGACCCCAUCAAAAACGUUUCACGACCCCACGGAAAACGUUUGACGACCCCAGAUUUGGAAAAGGGGAAUUCUAAAAUCAAGUAA